AUGGACCCCUUGGUCCUUCGGGAAUUUGGGGAUUUUGUUGGUUUCUAUUCUUUUUGGCAAGACAUAUUCAUUACUGCCUACAUUUCAAUUAUCUCCGUCUUUCCAGAAAGAUAUUUGGAAAACCCAAGUGCACAAUUACGUGAAGUUUUGCCUUUUGCCAACCAGGCACACCCAUUUAAACUUAUACUGUACUAUUUCAGUAAGAUAAGUAGGUACUUUUCUGAUCCCCAGUACUACUUCCAAGUGAAUGACCAGUACGUGAGAAACAAACUGACAAUAGUCCUUUUCCCUUUCCUACACAGAGGUCAUUGGACAAGAAUCACAGAGCCUGUUGGUGGCAGGCUAUCCUAUAAGCCCCCAAUCUAUGACAUAAAUGCUCCAGAUUUAUACAUUCCGUUUAUGGCCUUUGGUACCUAUGUUGUUCUUGCUAGCUUAUCAUUGGGUCUGCAGGGAAGAUUUAGCCCAGAAGCUCUCAGUUGGCUGUUUAUCAAGGGAUUGGUUGGCUGGUUUUUACAAGUUUCGUUGUCGAAGGUGACUUUGUUCUCAUUGGGUAGUGGAGAGGCUCUUCUCCUUGACAUUGUUUCAUAUGCAGGAUAUGCUUUUGCAGGAUUGUCCAUAGCUCUUUUGGGAACAAUUAUAUGGAACUAUUCUUAUUACUUUUUGAUGCCGUGGACAUGCUUGUACAUGGGAAUAUUCUUGGUGAAGACGAUGAAGAGAGUUCUCUUUGCAGAGGUGAGGACGUACGAUUCAAGUAGCCAUCAUUAUCUCCUAUUGUUUAUUGCCCUAGCUCAAUUUCCUCUUCUCUUUUGGCUUGGAAAGAUUGGACUUAGUUUUUUCUUUUGAAUUACAUCUCCAGUUGUUAAGUGGUCUGGCGGUUUAUGAUUUUUGAGAAGUGAAGCAAUCAAUUUUUCUAUAUUCCUUGUCA